AUAUCUGCGCACAUCAGGUGUUCUCGUAACCGCCUUCAGACCCAAUGUUUGAGAAGUUCAAAGGCCAAUGAAUUGUGGGCCUGGCGGAAAACCGGAGUUGCACGAGCGAGUGCCGAACACUAGGGAGACCGAGUCCCACGGCAGGUCGGACCGUAGCGUAGCAGGAGACCUCUCGGGGAAAGAUCGUAAGCACCACCGAGGAAAGACGGCGAGGAUGGCGGCGGCCAAGAUUCUGCUGCCCGUACUAUUGGUGUUAUGUCUGGGCGCGGUGGCGACGGGGCUGUACGAGCGGGUAUGCGGUGACGCCCAACCGAGGACACAGAGCAAUGAAAUCCCGCAACAGAUCCCGCCCGACCCAAGUAAACGAGCAGCCCGUUGGUUGAUCAUGAUGCGUAACGCGGCCUACGGUUGGGCAGACACGCCGAACGCCAUCUUGGCUCUGCAACUGGCCAAUGACACGUGGUUUAACAAACAGGACCUGUCCAGCCAGCUGAGCGUCAAGCAGAUGCAGAUUGAGCUUCUGUCGAAGAUUGCAAGGAGAGGGUUCCACCUGAAGGACGUGCCCACAGGUGAGCUGUCUCACUACGUCCUGGCGCUGACCGCCACCUGUCAGAACCCGCGGAACUUCUACGGACACAACCUGCUGGAGGCCAUAGACCGGGCGCUGUUCCACUUCCCUACCGCCGAGUUCAACAACUUCUACCAGUUCAGCCAGGGCGUGCUGGCCAUCUGCGGGGCAGGAGCUCCGGUCAAACCCAGACUCAUCAAGGACCUGGCGAAGGGACAGCAGGCGGACGGCGGGUACCCGUUCGGUGUCGACGCAACAGCGAUGGCUAUCCUGGCGCUGUCCUGUGUGGAGAAACAGCGCCUCCACAGCCACAACAAGGACGAGAUCAAGAAAGUGUUCCGAGAGGCUGUCAACUACCUCCGCACACAGCAGAGACAGGACGGCAGCUUCGGCAACCAGCACAACACUGGUCUGGCCGUGCAGGCUAUGAUAGCGGCAAACCUGGAGCCGGCGGCGUGGCGCUGCCCGGACGCCCUGACCACCCUGACGCGCACCCAGCACCAGGACGGGUCGUUCGGACAAUUCUUCCAGACGACCGUGCAGGUCCUGCCCGCACUGGCCGGCAAGACGUACGCUGACGUCAACAGGAUCAUGUGUGAAAUGGCCCCAAUCAUGGAUGAAGACGAGGAUAGCUUCCUGAUGACGGAGUAUGACCUGUAUGACCCGGAAGAGGAACCUAACCAUUACGUCAGUAACAUGACGGUCCAGUACACGAUCCACAGUGACUUCCACCCUAACGUGUCGGCCAGUAUAGAGCUCACCGUACCCAGCAACACCAGCUUCAUCGACAUCAUGGACCUCGCCGCAGAGAGGGACGAGAGGUUCAGGUAUGAAGCGCCGGACACGAAGUGGGGCCAUUACGUCAGUGCCAUCGGGGAAGUGAGGGAAGAUCACGACGAGAAACGCUACUGGACAAUCAUGUUGGACCCGGACAUCUCCAUAGAUGAAGGCAUUGACCACUUCAUUCCGGAUGAUGGCGAUCACGUGAUCUUCAGGUACCGGAAAUACGACUAGGACACCAUAUUGGAUCCUCCCAGAAUGCAUCGCUCUAUCCGGGGUUCACCGGAUAGCUGUGUUGCCGCCAUCUUGAUCCAUUCCAAA